AUGGAAAGUAAUGGAUCCAAAUCAGACUGUUUGGGUCAUGAAGAUGCUGCUGUGAUCUGUCAAGCUUUAAAUACCUUGUCUUCAAAUUGCACUAAUUUUGAUGUCCAGUUGGUUGAUGAAGUUAGCCUGAAUAAAGGAAAAGUUCAGAUAUGUAUUAAUGGAGUGUGGGGCCUUUUAUGUAGUAAUUCCAUUGAUAAAAAUGAUGCUCGAGUUAUAUGCUCACAGUUGGGGUACUCAACAGGAGGUAAUUUAUUGUACAAUGGGCAAUUGUCUGAAAAUGAUGUGCUACUUGUUACUGAUCUUGGUUGUUCUAGUACCGACACUCUGAUCACUCAAUGUUCUUUUUCUCAUUUUACUGAAACUUCUAAUUGUGAUGGAAGAAGUGUUGCCUCCAUUCAUUGUAAAAAUUGUACUGAUGGGGAAAUUAAGAUCAUUCCAUACAGCUCUUACUCAAAACUGAUUGGUAGAUUAGAAGUGUGUGUUAAUGGUGCAUGGGGAGUAAUAUGUAGAGAUUUCUUUGAUAACAAUGAUGCUGCUGUUGCCUGUGGACAGUUAGGAUACUCAUCAGAAGGCUCAGUAGCAAUCACUGAAAGCUACUAUUCUGGCUUAGUAGAAAUUGCUAUUUUUGAUUUAAACUGUACUGGCAGUGAGAAAAAUAUUUGGGAUUGCCCCAGUAAUGCUUUAGUAGAGCAGUAUACUUGCUCAUCUAACUCUUAUUAUGCUGGAAUUGCUUGUCACUCAUCAUCAGUCAACCUCACAAACUGUACAACUGGUGAGACUAGGCUAUCUGAUACAUUACAAGGCCGUGUUGAACUAUGCUAUAAUAAUGUUUGGUAUGGAGUUUGUGGAGAUAAUUACAAUGAAAUCUCUUCUGUUAUUUGUAAAAACGUGGAACACCAAAAAGAAAGUAGAAAUGCUUAUCAGAGUAAUUUUCCUGAUCUUUCAAGCUUACCGUUAUUUCCAUAUGAGUUUCGUUGCUGGCAGGGUAAUGAAGCUUCAUUGUUAGACUGUUCUAAAAGCAUUGCAAGUUGUUAUAGUAGUAGUAAUAACAAUGGUGACUAUGCUGGAGUAGUCUGUGAAGGUAUCAUUACAUUUUUAUUGAUAUAA